AUGUCGGCGAGGCGUCGUUGGAUGAUAGUAUUAACAACUGGACUUAUGACAUUCACAGUCUCGUUGGCGUCCUCCAUCUUUUCUACAGCCAUCUUCGUCACCGCUGAGGAGUUCAGGGUUUCAUCUGAGAUUAUGAUUCUAGGAGUGUCUCUCUACGUCCUCGGCUUCUCCUUUGGUCCUCUCGUGUGGGGUCCUUUUUCCGAGGCCUACGGCCGCACUCGACCAUUGUUUACUGGCAUGGCAGUCUUCAUCAUCCUACAAAUCCCCGUGGGCGUUGCUCAAAACCUCGAGACCAUUUUCAUCUGCCGGUUCCUUGCCGGUGUUGCAGGCUCUUCACCUCUAGCAAUCGUUGCUGGCAUAUACGUAGAUUUUAUGGAACCGGUCGAGAGAGGGAUGGCCACAGCUGUGUAUGCAGGCGCCGCUUUCGCAGGUCCAGCGGCAGGACCGAUAAUAGGGUCAUUCAUUACACAAAGUCAUCUAGGCUGGCGUUGGAUGGCAUGGAUCACGAUGAUUAUGGCUGCGCUUUUCACAUUUCUUGCAUGGAUCACCACUCCAGAAACGUUUGAACCCACUCUGCUCAAGUGGAAAGCGGAAAGACUACGACACGAAAGAAAAGACUGGUCCCUUCAUGCGAAAUCGGAAGAACAGAAACUUGAUAUGCGAGCAUUGUUAACCAAGUAUCUGACCAAACCUAUGUACAUGAUUGUGUUGGAGCCAAUACUCAUCGUCAUGACUGUUUACAUUUCAAUCUGUUACGGCAUCCUCUAUUUAACCUUCGAAGCAUAUCCACUUUCCUUCGAGUUUGAACGAAGUUGGUCUCCAACUCUAGCGUCAUUGCCAUUUAUUGGUUUGUUUAUUGGAGUGUUGCUCGCCUGUAUUAUUUUGGCGGUUGAUUCGAAGAUUCGGUACGGAAAACAUUUGAGCCAAACGAAGAAGCUCAACCCCGAGGAUCGUGUUCCCCCAAUGAUAGUGGGAAGUUUCGUAUUACCGGCUGGUCUCUUUUUGUUCGCAUGGACCAGUGACCCCAGUACGCCAUGGCCUUCGCAGGUGGUUGCUGGCAUACCCAUCGGUUGUGGGAUUAUACUGGUGUUCGUGGGUGGUAUAACAUAUAUCGUCGAUGUCUAUCUAUUGAACGCGGCCAGUGCUGUGGCCAUCAACACAUUUAUCCGUUCAGCCAUUGCGGCGGGGUUCCCCAUGUUUGCAACAUACAUGUACAGGGGAUUAGUUGUAGACUGGGCGACCAGUGUCUUGGGAUUUGUCUGUAUUGCUCUUAUCCCCUUCCCCUUAAUAUUCUGGUAUUAUGGGAAGAUGAUCAGAGGAUCCAGCCACUAUGCAUUUAACAUAGGCUAG